AUGGGUCGACCCGUCCUUCAUGUCGCAGCAGCGUAUCUGCGCCACGGUCAGGAGGAAGUGGUCGAUCUACUCUUCAAACAUGGAGCACGGCCAGGGCAUCGCGGAUUUCAAGGUGGUAGCGCCCUUCAUGCUGCCAUAUUUCGGGAAAAAAGUCAGCCACUUCCGACCAAAGUUCUCGUGGAGAAGCUUAUACAGCAUGGUGUUCCGCUGGACACUCGAGACAACUACGGGAGAACUGCCCUUCACCUUGCUGUGCAGACUAAAAAUCUCGAAGCUGUUGAAUUGCUUCUCCAAGUUGGUGCCAGUCCGAAAUAUAAUGUGUUUCACUGGACAGCCGGAGAUGGGAAAGAUAUGACGAAAUAUAUCCUGAAUACGUCAGAUUUGAAUUCUAAGGACGAUACUCGGAGAACGCCUCUCCAUUUGGCAAUAUUGUCAGGAUGUCUGAACACUGUUCAGCAACUCCUCUCAGCAGGAGCGAAUACGGAGCUUACUGAUGAACAGAACCAGACACCUCUACAUUAUGCGGCUGAACACGCCGACCUGGACAUCCUGGAAGCUCUUAUAGCGGCGAGGGCAAAUCUUGACGCCGUGGACAAAUGGCGAAAUUCACCCUUACAUCUUGCCGCGCAGAAGGGCAAUUCGGCCGUGGCCCAGAAACUUGUCGCUGCUGGGGUUCGAUUUCAAGUCAACGGUGAGCAGAAAACUGCCUUACAUCUUGCAGCCCAGGAGGGGCACGAUGAGACGGUGCAUACCCUGCUACAUAGUGGCAUAGGAGAUCAAGAAGUUUUCCAACAGGACGACGAAGGCAGGACAGCCUUGCAUUUUGCAUCUGAGCGGGGAAGAUCUAGCGUCACCACACAAAUACUAGACUUUGUGGAGCAAUCGGCCGCAAUUGACAUCCAGGACCAUCUGAGCGUGACCGCUCUUCAUUUGGCAUCCAAGAGAGGCCAUCUCCACAUCGUGCAGAGCCUUAUCCAGGCUGGGUCAUUUGUAUAUCGAACGAACAGAAACCGAGAUAUGGCAGUGCAUUUUGCCGCGGAGUCCGGGUAUCUUGAAAUCGUCGAGGAGCUCCUCGCUGCCAUUCCAGCCCAGGUCGAGCGCUGCCUUAAAGAGUGGGACAGGUGUCUUCCGCAGUGGCCAAGCGAGGAGGAUGGAGUCAACCGAGCAUUUUUGGAAGUGCUUGUCAAUAUAAACGCGAGGCAAGCCCUAAAGUCCAAGAUCGUUACAGGCUUGCAGACAUGGGACAAAGAGAGAUACAGCAUUCCCAGCACCGCGUUGAUGAGGGCCGUGAGGGGUGGUCACGUCGACAUUGUUAAAUUCCUGCUCAAGGAAGUCCCUGGAAUGCCCCUAGACACGCCUACCUACCAUGAACCCAAUGUGCUAUCGCUUGCCGCAUCCAAAGGGAGAAGAGACGUUGCCACUCUCCUAAUAGCUGCUGGGUCGGAAGUCAAUGCUAUCGCUGACAGCCAGGUGACCUGCUUACAUGAGGCUGCAGAGAACCGCCAUGCAGAUGUUGUCGACUUGCUCCUGGAGGAAGGUGCGAAUCCUGACCUGGCAUCUCUUCGUGACGGAUAUACUCCACUGCAUCUGGCCGCCGAGAAAGGCCACACCGAAACCGUGAAGUCCUUGAUUCGUUUGGCCUUUUUUAAUGUGAUUGAUGACCUUGGAAGGACGCCCCUGCAUCUAGCCGCCGAGAAAGGUCACACCGAAAUCGUGAAGACUUUGCUCGGUCUAGCGUUCGUUAAUGAGAUUGAUGAUCUUGGGAGGACACCACUCCGUCUAGCAUGUCAAGGAGGCAAGGAGGAGGUGGUUGAGUUGCUUUUAAAUGCCGAUGCCCAUGUAUUAAUCCUGGACUUCACGCAGAAGACGCCACUAAUGGUGGCAAGCGAACGAGGUUAUGAGAGGAUCCUGGCACGACUUCAAGUCCAGGCCAAGAGACAGAGGCAGGCCGCGCCCAAAUAA